AUGGCUGCCCUCACUCGUGCCUCUCGAAUCCGCAAUCCCGCACUCUUCAUCUGCGAUAUCCAAGAAAAAUUCCGCAAUGACAUCUACGAGUUCCCCAAACUCGUCUCAACAAGCGAAAAGAUGCUCCGCGCCGCAACAGCCCUAAAAAUGCCCGUCUACGCAACAACCCAAAAGCGCGCCAAACUCGGCAAUACCGUCUCCGAGCUGCAACAACACCUAACCGGCCCACACAUCCGCGCCGACAUCGACAAAGGCCUGUUCUCAAUGAUCACUCCAGAAAUCGAGAACCUGCUUCCAGCUGCCGGCUCGCCGCCGCUGGACGCGAUUAUCGUUGGGCUUGAGACGCAUAUUUGCGUAACGCAGACGACGCUCGAUCUUCUGGAGCGCGGACACCGUGUUUACGUCCUCGUUGAUGGCGUUAGUAGUAUUAACCCUGAGGAGAGGGGUGUUGCGCUUGCUAGACUGAGGGAUGCGGGGGCUGUUGUGACGAGUAGUGAGAGUGUGCUUUUUGAGAUUAUUGGGGGUGCGGAGCAUGAGGCUUUCAGGACUAUUAGUGGGCUUGUUAAGGAGACGAAGGAGAGUACUAAGAAGGCUUUGGGGGCUUUUUGUAAGAUUUAA